CAGAUCAUGUUUUGCACUUUGAACACUCACAAAGCUGAUAUGGACAAGCUCUUAGGUGCACAAAUUGGCCUUGAAGAUUUCAUAUUUGCCCAUGUAAAAGGACAACGAAAAGAAGUGGAAAUUCUUAAAACUGAUGAUAUGCUUGGUCUUACCAUUACAGACAAUGGAACUGGCUGUCCGUUUAUAAAGCGAAUCAAAGAAGGUAGUCUUAUGGACCAAACCAAAAUUAUCUGCGUGGGUGAUCACAUAGAGACUAUAAAUGGAAAAAACGUGUCAGAUCGUCGGCAUUAUGAAGUUGCCAAAAUGCUGAAAGAUCUGGAGAAAGGUCAGAUGUUUAAGCUGGAGUUGAUAGAGCCUAUGAAGGCAUUUGAAAAGUUGGAACCAAGGUCCAAUAGUAGAACUCUACAAGAGGCUAAAAUCUCCAGAGGGAGAGAAACGCUUCGGCUGAGAACCAAAGGCUCUGCUACUGUGGAGGAAAUGCCAACUGAAGUUGAAGAAAAAGCAAUUAAAAAAGUGGACGAGCUUCUUGAAACAUAUAUGGGGAUAAGAGAUAUUGAAUUAGCUGCAACAAUGGUGGAAGCUGGAAGAGACAAGAAAAACCCAGAUGAAUUUGCAGUGGCAUUGGAUGAAACUCUUGGAGACUUUGCAUUUCCAGAUGAGUUUGUCUUUGAUGUAUGGGGAGCAAUAGGUGAUGCUAAACAAGGACGACUGGAAUGAGUACUGUGCAGUUUAUCAAUGCCUAUUUGAAAAUACAAAAUUAUUUUCAAAUACGUACAUCAGAAUUUUAAUACUUUUAUUGAAAUGAAUC